AUGGCUAAGGAGCUUCAACAAUUAAAACGAAUGAUCUCAAGCGUGCCUGGAGUAGUUCAACCUAUACCGGAAGUAUCCCCCACAAGCCACAAAAUCUUGAUAUUCACUCCUGUAAUCGCUGACACCGAGGUUCCAAAGCGCUUCCAAAUGCCCAACAUGAAGCCUUGUGAUGGGACCACAGACCCUGAGGAGCAUGUCGCACAAUAUAGGGAAGCUCUGAGUAUCCCCAACAUUGAUAUGGAGACUGCAGUUGAAGCCUUUAAAAAUAGGCUCAAAGAGGACUCUCAUUUCUACGAAGACCUUGUAAUGACCCCAUGCAAGAGAAUGGAUGAGGAUCUUGGAGAUAAAGCAAGAUGGCUAAGAAAAGGAGAAAAAUCCACCACUUGGAAAGACAAAUCUAAAUGGUAUGCAUACCAUGAAGACUUUGGUCAUAUCACAGAGAAUUGCAUAGCUCUCAGGAAGGAGAUCAACUACCUCUUAGGCAAAGGAUACCUCAAAGGAAUCCUUGGAAGAAGAAAUGAGAGAUCCAAAGAGAAAGACCGGGAUCCUCAUAAGAUCCUUGAAAAACCAGGAUGCCCUCUCGCUGAAGCCAAGGUAAUCAAUGUGAUCUUUGGAGGAUCUGACAUUUGUAGUACCUCUUAUUCUGCAGCAAAGAGGCACACCAAGGUGUCAAAAACAAAGAAAGAAAAAGGGCCACAGAAGAAUACAUCAAUCACAAACGAGAAAGUGAUCACCUUCGACGAAGCAGAUAGAGAAGACAUCCAUGAUCCUCACAAUGACGGAUUAGUGAUCACUCUUUACAUCGUUAACCAUUUCUUCAUAAGGAUCCUUGUUGAUAGAGGAUACUCAGUCAACAUUAUACUCCUGGACACAUUAAAAAGAAUGAAAAUCUCAGAGUCUGAAAUAGUUAGAAGAUCCUCGGUGCUUAUUGAAUUAAAUUGCGAAACCAAACACACCGUUAACGAGAUAAAGCUACCUAUCUACGUAGAGGGGGUAAACUCUAUGCAAUGUUUUAUUGUAAUUGAUACAUUAUCCUCUUAUAAUGUUAUACUAGGUAGACCAUGGAUCCACGAAAUGAAGGCUGUUCCAUUGACAUAUCAUCGGUGUGUGAAGAUGCCUACCCCAUGGGGGACAAUGAAAAUCACAGGAGAUCAUCAAGAAUCCAAAGAAUGCUACAAGUCUUCGAUAAAAUCCUUGACGAUACCAUGA